AUGAGGUUAGAGAAUCAUGCAGCNGACCUGUCCCUAUUCCUGAUUAAAUACCUGAUGACCCUGGUGGUUGGGAUCUCAGCUGUGUUCUGGGUCAGCAGCAAGAAGACCUGCUCAGAAUGGGCCUUCUUCUUCAACAGGACCAGGAAGAAAGACCCCAUUAGUGAGAGCCGCAGAGUUCUCCAGGAGUCCUGUGAGUUCUUCCUCAAACACAACAGCCGUGUCCAGCACAAGAAGAACCACUACAACCCCGGCUCCCACAAACUCAAGGUCAUCUCCAAGUCCAUGGGCACCAGCACCGGUGCCUCAGCCACAGGCAACCACGGCACCUCAGCAGUGGKCAACCAUGAGGYCAYCCGGGGYCAGGCUUCUUUCUCUGAGGCCAGGGGCUCAUCUGAGGCCUCUGCCAGGGAGCAGCUGGAGAGAGGCARCUCCACCCGUGGCUCCAGGCUGGGGGAGAGGGASAGGGAGARGCAGCCCAGUGGACAGGCCCUGUCUGGRGGGAGAGAGGGGGCAGAGAGACGUAGUAAGAAGGGCAGCUCCAGCAAGGUUAGCAGCCGCUCAGAGAGCUUCCACAGAGUCCCAGAGGGAAGGAUGACUCCCCGGAGUGAACUAUCAGAGACGAGACAGGUGCCCAGUGGACAGCACCUGGCUUUAAGCCACUCCCACAGCGGCAGUGCGAAAGGCUCCGUCCCUCACCUGGUUCGCCAGUUACCAGAGGAGAAAAAGGAGAAGGAUAGCAGCUGCUGAGCCCAAUCAACAGGCUCCUAUGAUACUUAACACCAACAGAGAUGGGCAACUCUGGUCCUCAGGAGCUGGACUGAGUGUCUGCUGGUUUUUGUUCUGUUCUUCCUUUCAAAUGAGCAACUGAUUUAGCCUGUCAUACCAUACCAGAUGUGUACACUCUCAGAACAAUCAGUGAUAUUAGUGGAUGGAUUUAAGUACCAGAGGGAGAAGAGAAAACCAGCAGGAAGUCAAGAAAAUCCAGAGGACAGGAGUUUUCCUUCACACCACAGAGACAGGAAGGAGGAGACUAGGUGGGCCACCAGGGUCCUAGAGAGCUCCCUUCAGUGACCGACCCAACAGGUGUAGCUACUGUACAUCAGUCAGCUUGACUGGAUCACUGGCCACAUCAAGGUGAAUGAGGUUAGAGAAUCAUGCAGCUCUUCAGACCAACGGUUGCAUUUCCCUGCUGUAAAACAGUCACUUAGGUUGACAUAUUGUUUAUUUACUUAUGAAAGCUGUACUUUUCUGAGGGUAGAUUGAUAUGUAAAGUGUGUAGAAUAUACACUGGCAAUAUUUAUGUAAACUAUUUUAUUUUUUAUCACUGGACUAGUCUACACUGAGUUUAAGCGCUUGAAAAUCGUGAAUGUUUCACCAAACAAUCAGAACUUCAACGAUAUCUAGCUGUGGUGGUUAACUCUUUUUAUUUUAUUUUUGUAUUCAAAUGGUUAAUGUCAUGUGUAUGUAGAUAAUUCCAUCAUGAAACAAUGAGUAGCAAGCAUAGCAGUUCUGUAGUUAAAGUAAUUGCAGUAGACAGGUUCUGACUACCAAUACACUCAGUCUGCUACUCUACUUUUCAUUCCUUUUCCAUUACAGUGUUCUUCAGUAUAUCUAUAAAUAGUUACAUAAGCAUUUUUCAAUUUUGCUGACUCUCGUCAUGAACUUCAUUUCCAGUAAAUCUGAGUGGAGCGUGUAUUUUUUUUAUACUACAGUUUCUAGAAGAAUGUGCCUUGUGAACUAAAUCAUGGUCUUCAGAUAACCUACUUUUUUGUCUGUCUACCUACAGAUGCUUUACAUGUGUGACAUAGUCAUUCCAUGUGCAUAUUCAUCUCCAGUGAAAUAUGUGGACAAAGUAACCAGGCUUAUUUCUGGCUCUUGACCUUAUGUAAGUUGUUGUGGUUUGACAUCUCACUACACUAGAGGAGUUACCACUUAGAGAUGAACUCAGUGCAAAGACUGAGGGAUACUGUACAAUUUGUACAGAGAUCGAAUGUAUUUUUUUUGAGUAGAUAUUUCUGUUACGCAAUUAUCUUUAAACCAAAUAUAUAUAGUAUGUAUACCUAACAUACUAACUGAUGAUCCAAUAUGAAAACACCAGUAGAAAAAUCAGAGACGAAAUCCAAUCCAAMGCAUGUACCUAGUUGAGUUGAUCUAUUUUGACCAAUGUGUGGCUUUUGUUCAGUAUUUAAAUUGUCAUGAUUCUUACUGGUAAUCCAUGAACUGUGUUUGACGACACAUUUUUCUUGCAAGCAUUUUCCCGAAAGGCCUGUUGGGAAUAAGUCUUGCACCCUUUAUUAAU